CGGCUUUCUUUGAGGCCAGGACUGGGUGAUGGUGUCACUGCCCCCGCCGCAGUCUGACGUCACGCUGCCGGGCCCCACCAGACUGGAGGGCGAGCGCCAAGGGGACCUCAUGCAGGCGCCGGGCCUCCCAGGCUCCCCUGCCCCACAGAGUAAGCAUGCCGGCUUCAGCUGCUCAUCAUUUGUGCCCGACGGCCCUCCAGAGAGGACACCCUCACUACCCCCACACAGUCCCCGCAUUGCGUCACCAGGCCCCGAGCAAGUCCAGGGCCACUGCCCAGCCGGCCCCGGCCCCGGCCCCUUCCAGCUCUCGCCCUCAGACAAGUAUCCUGGCUUUGGCUUUGAGGAGGCCCCAGCAAGCAGCCCCGGGCGAUUCCUCAAGGGCAGCCAUGUGCCCUUCCACCCGUACAAGCGGCCUUUCCAUGAAGACGGCUUCCUGGAGGCCGAGACCACCCUGGCCCUCAAUGGACACUCCUUUAAGACCCCGGGGCCGCUGGAGGCCUUCGAGGAGAUCCCAGUGGACGUGGCGGAGGCCGAGGCCUUCCUGCCUGGCUUCUCAGCAGAGGCCUGGUGUAACGGGCUCCCCUACCCCAGCCAGGAGCAUGGCCCCCAAGUCCUGGGUUCAGAGGUCAAGGUCAAGCCCCCAGUUCUGGAGAGCGGUGCUGGGAUGUUCUGCUACCAGCCUCCCUUGCAGCAUAUGUACUGCUCCUCCCAGCCCCCCUUCCAGCAGUACUCGCCAGGUGGCGGCAGCUACCCCGUACCCUACCUGAGCUCCUCACACUAUCCGUACCAGCGAAUGGCACCCCAGGCCAGCACCGAUGGGCACCAGCCUCUCUUCCCAAAACCCAUCUAUUCCUACAGCAUCCUCAUCUUCAUGGCCCUUAAGAACAGUAAAACUGGAAGCCUUCCCGUCAGCGAGAUCUACAAUUUUAUGACGGAGCACUUUCCUUACUUCAAGACAGCGCCCGAUGGCUGGAAGAAUUCUGUCCGGCACAACCUAUCCCUCAACAAGUGCUUCGAGAAGGUGGAGAACAAAUCGGGAAGUUCCUCCCGCAAGGGCUGCCUGUGGGCCCUCAAUCCGGCCAAGAUCGACAAGAUGCAAGAGGAGCUGCAGAAGUGGAAGAGGAAAGAUCCCAUUGCUGUGCGCAAAAGCAUGGCCAAGCCAGAAGAGCUGGACAGCCUCAUUGGAGACAAGAGAGAAAAGCUGGGCUCCCCGCUCCUGGGCUGUCCACCCCCUGGGCUGGCAGGCUCAGGCCCCAUCCGGCCCCUGGCACCCCCAGCUGGCCUCUCCCCGCCGCUGCACUCACUCCACCCAGCUCCAGGCCCCAUUCCUGGCAAGAAUUCCCUGCAGGACCUACUUGUGGGGCACGCACCCUCCUGCUAUGGGCAGACAUACUUGCACCUCUCACCAGGCCUGGCCCCUCCUGGACCCCCGCAGCCAUUGUUCCCACAGCCGGACGGGCACCUUGAGCUGCGGGCCCAGCCAGGCACCCCCCAGGACUCGCCUCUGCCUGCCCACACCCCACCCAGUCACAGUGCCAAGCUACUGGCCGAGCCUUCCCCAGCCAGGACUGUGCACGACACCCUGCUGCCAGAUGGAGACCUUGGCACUGACCUGGAUGCCAUCAAUCCCUCACUCACUGACUUCGACUUCCAGGGAAACCUGUGGGAACAGUUGAAGGAUGACAGCUUGGCCCUCGACCCCCUGGUACUGGUGACCUCAUCCCCGACAUCAUCUUCGAUGCAGCCACCCCAGCCACCACCCCACAGCUUCCCCCCUGGGCCCUGUCUGACAGAGACAGGCAGUGGGGCAGGUGACUUGGCAUCCCCGGGCAGUGGGGGCUCCGGGGCACUGGGUGACCUGCAACUCACCACCCUCUACUCUGCCUUUAUGGAGCUGGAGCCUACGCCCCCUCCGGCCUCUGCAGGCCCCUCUGUGUACCUCAGCCCCAGCUCCAAGCCCAUGGCCCUGGCAUGAGCUGUGCCCAGCAUCAUCAGCUCCAGCAUUUGCCUGGUCUGGAAGUCCUGGCUGGCCGCCCACAUCGGGCUCACCUUAAAGGUCAAGGAAGGAAAAUACUCCUGUCCCCUGUGCCACUAAGCCAACAUACGUGUUAGUUGGUAGCUGGGGGCACAGAGGACACCACCUGGGGUGCUGCCCCUCACACAUUUCUGCCAUGUGGUGGCCCAGUUCCUCACCCAGGGCCCCCAAAGAGCAAGUGUCUGGGCAAGAAGAAAAUGCACUGUUCCUAGCUCAUACUCAUCCACACUCAAGCCCUCGUGCGCGCGCACACACACACACACACACACACAGUUAUUCAGAUGUACACCCACCCACAUACCUUACAGCCAGAGGAACCAGCACUCCAUCACUGAGAGCCCGACUUCGUUUCUGGGGCAACUGAGAGCUGAGGGCUUUGCUUACCAAAAGCUCAGGCCCUGUGCCAGGCCAAAGAUUCCCCCAGACCCCCAUUCUGACACCCACAUGCUCUGGAGGCCUGGCCCCCUCAUCACUUUCUUUCCCAGAAGCCCCCUGUAUUUAUUCCCCCAUCUUCGUCCCAAAAGCCCAGCAAGAAGGAGGAGAUAGAGAGCUCCUCCCUGGGUUGUCUGUGGACUCCCCCAGGAGCUGCUAAUUGGCAGCACCCGCUCAGCCAGUCUCUACCCAUCCUUAGUACAUGCUGUGUCCAGCUUCCCCCAGGGUGACACACAGGAGGGGCAA